UGACUUUUUUUGGAUUUUUCUGGGACUGCGUUUUCGCGGAAGGCUGACCCGUACGGCUUAUUGUGGGCACGUGGACUGUGUCAGGGAAGCUCAGGUUGUCGCUUUUCUACAAGCCUUUCCGUCUGAAGAGAGAAUUUAGCUAAGUCCUCAUAGUUGACUCAACUGUUGACAGAAAUCUUGAAGGGGGGAAGCUGAGCCCAGAGCUACAUAUACAGGUUAUCUUAUCAAAAUGUGUGGACGUAACGCAAUCUGAAGGAAAUUCAAGACCACGAAACUUGCUGGCCAAAGCACAUUGUACAAGAAGAGUUUUUGGAGAAAGACCUUUCUGUGAAACCAGGAUGGAAGCAGAAGAACACCAACAGCCACGGAAGACACCCUUUUACUCAGAAUUACCUAAAGUGGAACUUCAUGCCCACCUGAAUGGAUCCAUUAGUUCUAAUACCAUGAAGAAAUUGAUAGCCAAGAAGCCAGGUCUUAAAAUCAACAAUCAGAUGACUAUGAUUGACAAGGGAAAGAAAAGAACUUUAGAAGAAUGUUUCCAGAUGUUUCAAAUUAUUCAUCAGCUUACUACUAGCCCUGAAGAUAUUCUAAUGGUCACAAAAGAUGUCAUUAAAGAAUUUGCAGAUGAUGGUGUGAAGUACCUGGAACUAAGGAGCACACCCAGAGGAGAAAAUUCUACAGGAAUGACUAAAAAGACUUAUGUGGAAUCUGUACUUGAGGGUAUAAAACAGUCCAAACAAGAAAACAUAGACAUUGAUGUUAGGUAUUUAAUAGCAAUUGACAGAAGAGGUGGCCCUUCAGUAGCCAAGGAGACCGUUAAACUUGCUGAAGAGUUCUUCCUCUCUGCUGACAAUACAGUUCUUGGCCUUGACCUCAGUGGAGACCCUACUGUAGGACAGGCAAAAGACUUCUUGGAACCGCUUUUAGAAGCUAAAAAAGCAGGCCUGAAGUUGGCAUUGCAUCUUUCAGAGAUUCCAAACCAAAAACAAGAAACACAAGUACUUCUGGAUCUGCUUCCUGACAGAAUUGGGCAUGGGACAUUUCUCAACUCCUCUGAGGGAGGAUCCCUGGAUCUGGUAGACUUCGUGAGGCAAUACCAGAUACCACUGGAACUCUGUUUGACCUCAAACAUCAAAAGUCAGACAGUUCCAUCUUAUGACCAGCAUCAUUUUGGAUUCUGGUACAGCAUCGCCCAUCCAUCUGUGAUCUGUACCGAUGAUAAGGGUGUUUUUGCAACACACCUUUCUCAGGAGUACCAACUAGCAGCUGAGACAUUUAAUUUGACCCAGUCUCAGGUGUGGGAUCUGUCUUACAAAUCCAUCGACUACAUCUUUGCUUCUGACAGCACCAGGUCUGAACUGAGGAGGAAGUGGAAUCAUCUGAAACCCAAAGUGUUACCUUUUUAAGCUGCAGUGAGGUGAACUACUUUUGAAUAUGUGUAGCAACCAAGAGCUUCCUGCCAUCUCCCACAUAGUAAACUGUCCACCACUCCCUCUGAAGCACAGCAGCCAGGUACCAUGGGCUCCAUCACCAGUAGCUUACUCAUGACUGGUCCCAUGACUGGCAGGCUCUGAAGUCUUACAGAGCUUACCUCCAUGCUGCUUACUGGAAGGGACCUGAAGGUGGCGGCUCUAAACUCCCCACACGGUACCUGGGUGGCUCAGUGGG